AAUAAAUACAAUAAUAUGAGUUUCCCACCCUAGUAAAUAUCUAUAAAAGGGAAAGAAAACUUCUCAUACUAAUAAUAAUAUAAUAAGUAGCUAAAUUUUAACGAAAUUUAACAUCAGAAGGCAUCAUAAUAAAAAAAAUUUUAGAGGAAAAUGUGUAAAAUCGUGCUACUAGUGUUCUCGUGCUAAACUAGAUUCGAGCUUUCUUGAAAAGUCUGAGAUCAAGAAAAACUUAUUCCAGACCAGAAUUUAUGUUUUCUAAUUUAGCUCAUAUGCGACUGAACCAAAUAUAUAUAUCUGAUAGUUGCAUUUUAGGUUUUGGACCAGGCAGAGCUUUUUUAUAUGAAGAAUAACUUUUUUGGAAAAAAAAUAAGUUUCCAAUGUUGCUGAUAUCUUACAUAACUAACUACAUAAUGAAAAGUCUUCCGGCGGCCUAACUUAAGUAGCUUCUAUCUAUAGCUAUAGAAAAUUGAUAGGAUAAUUUUUCAUGUAUCUUAAAUAUGUUUGUGUUGUAGAUUUGGAAUUAAUGAACUGGGAAAAAGUAUUAACGACUCUUUUCGCAACUUUUGGGCCUUUUUUCGGCAAAAUUUCCUUUCUGCCUUUAUGCUAUGGUAUUACGUCCUUCGCUCUUCUCGACUUUUGGUUAUGUCCUUGAAUCUUCAUUUGCCGCGAAAAAAGUUUGAACUUUGUAAGUGACAUAACCUUGAUAAAGUAAGCAGAAAAAUAAUCAAUUUUUGCUGCGUCAAAUAUAUAAAUAUGUUGGGGACUUAAUAUAGGGCAGGUAACUACCUAUAACCCUAGCCCAAAAAUAAUUAAAAUACGAAUUAUGCUCACUUAUGCUAGUUAGUUAAAAUCAGGCAAUCGUUAAGAUGGAGAGUAAUUCAUUUGAUGAAACAGCUAGUCGGUCCAGCAGAGACAAUAGCUUACAUUUAGGCACCUCCCAAACCAGUCUCAAAAGCACAAAAAGCCUCGAUAAAUCAAGCUCAGGCGGAAGUUUGAAGCGAGAGAAGGUCACUAUACAAUUUAAAGAUUGCCCCCAAGAAACUGACAAUCAAAAAUAUCCUGCAGAUUCAUCCCUUAAAGUACCUCAUAAAAUAAUAGCUAAUUGGAGAUCAGCCUGUGAUAAGACCAAAGAUAAAACUAAAGAUCUGUUAAAACGAUGGAGAACACUACCUGAAAUUGAGACUGAAGGAGUUGAUAAAAGCUCAAGUGAUGCUGAAGUGCAAAAAGAGAACCGCAAUGAAAGUGGAUGGAGUGUUCAUGUGUGGACUACCUGGGUAGACAGAUUCAGUAUUGAUUCUGAUGAAGAGCACAUCAAAGAACAGCCUUAUAUUCUGACUCCGAUGCAAAUAAGCAAAUAUUCACAUUUCUUUACAAAUCUGUUGGACCACGACCAAGACAACCUAAUUUGCGAACAAGAUUUUGAAGCAUUAAUCGAGUUAAAGCGAUUAAGACAUUUUGCUGACUGGUCGCAACAUUCUACAGAAUUUAAUAUCCUGCGAGAAGUGGAAAGAGGCUUUAUUUCUACAUUUUUAGCGGAAAUAUCAGAUGACAAACACGGUUUUGAGUUGAACAAUGUCAGCUAUAUUAACAAGGAGGGCUGGUUGCAUAAAUGGGCUGAGCUGCUGAAAGGUUCUAAAAAUUUAAUCGACUUUCCGAUUUGGUUGCAAUUUUUUGUGAAGGUCUUAUUUCAAGUGAUAAAUCGAGGAGGUACUGAAGUAAUAACAAGAGAUGAACUUAGUAAUUUUUAUUCAUCCGUGCUUUGUUUGGAUACAACGAAAGUGGGAGAAAUUCUGGAUAUAGCAUAUCAAGCAAUGACAUCAAAUGGGGACCAUCCUCUGCAUUACAGAUCGUUCAGACUGUGUUUUUCUAACUAUUUAUUAGGCCGAUAUCCAAAUGGAUCUGGACACCAUAUUUUGGGAGCACCCCCAGAUGAAAAAUCGUCCACCAUGUUUCCAAUAGAUUAUUCAGCUUUAAAUGCACAACCCGAAGACUUAGAGCAAUACACACCAGACCAAAAGUCGAAUAGGAGAAGCGUUAUUGUUUAAAACAUAUGUAAUGUACAUAUACACGACGAAAUAUACAUAUAAUAUUUUAGAAAAGCCAAUCGUUUCCACAAUAACGAAAUAUUACUAGUAAUAUGGUGUUGUUUAAGACAAUUGAGUCACAUCUAUGAAAGCAUUACAUCUAUUUCUCCCUUAUGUGAUUCGCUGUCGCAACAAAUGUAUGCAUUAGAAAAACAUUGCGGAGAUAUAUAUUGAGUUCAAAUAAAUUCCUGUUUUGUGUAGCAAACGGUUGGUCUAAAUAUAUCUGUAAUUUAUUUCAGACAGGUAUUUCGCCCUGUAUAUAUUUUGUUACUAGCUUCCUUGAAAGAAACAUAUGUCGAGAUGGCCUAAAGUUAAACUGAUGGGUGAAAGAAAAUUUCCUACUUGGAAGAAAAAUCGAAGGAAAGACAAUCUGCAAAUAAUUUUCAAACGCCGCGCUAGGGAUCCAUGUUCUCCCAUGGACCCCCCUUAAAUCGUAAAUAGAUAUAUCAAAACAAUUAGGAUAGUGGUGCAAAAUAAUCAUUAAUAGACGCCGUGUUUGAAAAGUAAACGCGGCCGUUAAAAUACCACAUUUAAUAUAUUUUAAACAAAUUUUCGAUGUGCCUAGAAAAAUCAAGUAGCCGAGGAUCGUAAAACACAUUGUGGGAUGUCCAUCAUCAAAUAUCUCAACUGGGAGAAAAUUGCACAAUUAAAAAAUGGGAUUAUUCAAAAAAAGGAGAACAAUUUCUCCAUUAUUCCGGUGACCCUGGAACUAAAAUGCUUUAAAAGAAACCUCACUUGAACUAGUUACCGCAACUUCGAUUGUCCAACAUUAAAUUGUUUCAAUUUAUCAACUAUCUGGUACACAUUUAUUCAAUGUGUCGAAAUUUAAUGGAUGCAAUAGAAACUGAUGUUGAUGCAACUACGCUACAUAGGAAAAUUAUUUCUACCUGUUACUUUCAAAAUAGCUUUCUUUUAUCAGUACUUUUCCUUUCUCGUAUUACCAGGACAAGCGAAUUUGUAUCAAAUCUAAAUUAGGUCUCAAAUUUUAAAUGUUCACAAAUUUGCUGACUAGUGAGUAGAGAUUUGUUUUAUCUAGUUUAAUUGUGAUGGUUUGGAGAUUUUUUUUUAAAGCAUUAUUUAAUUAUAUCAUUUUUUUAUGGUAGAACAUGCGGAGAGAUAAGCACGUGUUAUCAAAAGCAUUUAACCAAAACGAAAGGGCUUCUUUAAUAAUCAACACGAGAAACCUUGACAAUAUACGAAUAUGAUUUGAACUCGAUAGGAGAAUUUACAAUUUAAUCCUGCUGCUUAAAGAAAUGGUUUUGUUUAUACUGAACCGAGGAAAAUCAUCCUUUAAUAGCAAUCAAAAAGAUACCUUAAAUAUAUUUUCCUGUUAUCUUACUGUGUUUGUGCAGAUAUAAUUAAUUGUUUCUAGGAGAUGAUCCGUGAUAAUUAGUGAAGAACAGUAGAUAACUGAUAUGAAACUAUUACGACGUUAAGUUAAUAGAUUAACUAAUUACAUGUUAUUUGUAACAGCAUCUUUUUCUUUUAUAAAAUGUCUAUUCUGUGAGUUCAAGGAUGUACUGUAUGAAAGCAUGAGCCAUAAAGUAUGCAAUUUCUUUGUUAUAAUUGUGUUGGUUAAUUUUAAUUUAAGGAAAAAUCAAGUAUUUCACCUACGUAUUAGAGAAAAUUGUGACAUGAUAAUAUUUUCAUAUAAGUAAUUUAUUGUUACUCUACCCGGUCCAUUCCUGUAUAAUUUUUGUUCUCACAAUUGUAACCUCUUGAUCACGUUAUGUAAUUAUAUACUUUUUUACCUUUUUUAAUUGGCGUUAAAUCGUUAUUAAAUAAUUUAUAAAGAUCAUAGAAAAUAUAAAUAACUUACAAACACUUACUUAAUACAUGUUCCGAUUAGUUGAGUUAUGAAAUGUAGUAUAUAAGUCAAUAUAAUUCCAUAUAGAAUUUGUAAUAUGAUUUAGUGGAAUCAUUUUUUAUACGAACUAUAGAACUUAAUCCAAUUUAAUUCAAGUAGUAUUAAAAAAUAUUUGCAAAAUGGUUAACUGUAAAUACAUCUUACAUAUAUUUUAACGAAUAAAAUAAAAUAAAUAACGACGGAAAUUACAUAACGUGGUCUUUUUGUUGAUUUGACUGUGUAAUAUUGAAAGCAAACAUUUAAUAUGCAUGCAUAUCUUUAGUAAUAAGUAGUUUUAAGAGCAAUAUAACAAUGUGAUUUAAUACAUAGCACUAAAGUGUAUGAAAUUGUUCAAAAAGUUCAGUUGAAGUUACAGUCAAUUAUUUUAAACUAUACUGCAGUAACUGUAGUACGAUAAAAUUUAAGGAAUCAGAUAACUGUAUAUACACGUAAGAUAAAUUUUAUAAAUAUAAUCACAAUAAGUAGGCUUGUUCCUUUACACAAGUGCACCUUCUUGAAAGAAAUUCUAAAUACUAUGUGAUAUUGAUGCGCCUAUGCCUAUUAUUUAGUAAGAAAUUUAUUAUUAACAAUUGCAAUUGUCCUCAAAUCUUAAUUGAAUAUUACGCACUUAUAUAAUUAUUGAAAAUUUUUAUCUGAGUAGUAUUAGUUUAACGGCUUUAAAGCAUUUAGCAAAAAUACCGACUAACAUUUGUGCUAAUUAUUAUCCAUGAUUUUGUCAAUUAAUAUGUUAUUGUUAGUUCUAUAGAAAUAUAUCUUCAUUAUUAUUGUUAAUAAAAUCGCCAUAAACAAAGACGAAAUAACGCUGUCUGCAACCACUUGGUAUUUAUCAGAGUGGCUUUAGUUGCAAAGAUUAAUAUGUGGAGGUUUUUCCGCCAGACUAAUUAAUUCAAUCGGCUAUAUAUGAGUCCAGCCUAAAUAAAUCGGUAUAUUUUAUUUCGUACUAUAUGUAAUUUACGUAUGUACAGGGAUAACCAAAUAAAAGUGGACAGGCUAUAAAAUUUUUAUGAAUCUAAGCCGUAUAGAAUUAAACUUUGACUGUUUUUUUUUCUGUCGAAACUUUCUAGAUCUAGACAUGGGCUGACGAUGUUGAGAUUGUUCGCUUGGAUCAAAGUGUGUAAAAAUGUCAUAUUGUUUUUCGUUCUCUGUUAAAACGAUUCUACUGUAGGUUAAUUUAUGAAUUGAUGAAUUUAUGAAUCCUUGGUUAUAAAUAAGUGUCGAAGCUUUUAUUGGGACAAUCUUGUACAUCCAUAGUUUACAGGCUGUUUCUAGAUUUACGCAGAAGGAAUUGUUAUAUUUGAUUAAAAUGAGUGUAAAAUGUGAAAAAAGUACAUAUAUGUACCAAUAAGUAUAUAUUUUAUUGACUUUGUUAAGCAAGCUUUUAUAUACAAAAUUAGAAAAAGUUAAGGCACGUUUGUAGAAUGCAUUUUAGCAAUAAAUAGAGAAAUACCUAAA